AUGUCAUCCACGGUGGAAGGCUCUGGCUGCCAGGGGGCCUCCUGCCAUCAGCUGCUUCUGCUCCUUAUGAUUCUGCAGCACCAGUGUUCGGAGAGCUCCCCACUGUCUAUUGGCCCCUGGGGUCCCUGCACAACAACAAACAAGGAGAAGCUGGGCUCCAGAGCGCCGUGUGUUCACAGGCUCCAAAGCAAGAAGAAAUGUCCUGGUUUAAAACGGACAUUGAUCAGACCUGCUGGGAGGGCGAGCGGGAGGCAGAAAGGCAUGGCUGCUUCCAGGUUUCUGUUGGCAGAGAGGGCAGAGCUGACAACUCCCAGUGAAACUGCAAGAGCAGAGACAGGGCCAGCCUGGCACCCCAGCCCAGCUCACAGCUCUAGGCUGACGCUUCUCAGCGGGAAGAGCUCUAUCUCUCUCAAAAGUUUCAAUAAUCUUAUCCUAACCUGGCACAGAACCUCACCCUUCCUGGGAACACAGGAAUGCUUGCUACUUGACGUCAAUAAAAUCCAACUCCUUAAGGUCUCUUCUGGGAUCGAAGGGGUGGAGUUCAUUCCACACCAUUCUGAGACAGAGUCAGAGGAAUUUGCUGGGUCUUCUCUGGCUCAGAAUAAGUCUACCAGGCAUUUCUACCUUAUCCAGAAGACAAUCGUUUAUUUGCACAAGUGCACAGCGGCCGACACCGCCAGCACUAACCACAUUGGAUUCUCGGUCCACUCUCAUGAAGGCUCCAGCCCUCAUUCAAGGCUGGUCUGUUCCCGUAGGCCUUCUGAUGAGUGCCACAUUUUGUUCCUCUAA